AUGGCUCGCCCAAUGAUAGCCCAGCUGACCAGGGCACUCUUUAACACAUUUGACAGCAGCUUUGAUGAACCUUCCACUCCGGCGAUGCACCUCGCCACAGCCGACAAGCCUGCACCGGACGAUGGGGACGUCUCAAGCGAUGACGAACCUAACGAUAUACCGAACACUGUCUUAUCCACAACACCUCGUCCUCGAAGCUUGCCACAUACCGAACUUGUAACAAGCGGACACCGGCGUCAAAGAAUGCAGCUCAAUGGAAAAGAGGCUGAGCGGCAUCCCCUGAUGGAUGACGUCGAAAACGAUCUGUUUAUUCCUCUGAACCUGGAACACCUGAACUCUGCCCUCGCUGUGCCACCACAAGGGAUCUCUGGACCGGCAGCACCCAGUCCCUUUCCUCUGAAUUCUUCGCAACGACCAGGAAUACAAAGAAAAAUUUCACAGCCCUUUGCUGAACACGAAGUAGAAAGCGAGCCGCCACGCCAGAUCGAACCGACGGACAAAUCCCCGAUCGAGUCGAAUGACCUACCUUCGCAGCCAGCUCAGGCUCGCCUCCUGGAAGAACAUCGCGAAGGAGGCGUAUCACGCACCAAUGGAGCAUUGAUGGUUGGAGAAAGUCGGCGGGAGACAGCACGCGCCACAGUCGAACACGCACGUGUUACAGUCAUGGAAGAAGAGGAUCCCGAGCAGUGGCCCGGGAAAGCACAGGAUAUAACGCCUUCUGCACCAGGGAAAACAAUGGCUGGAGGCAGAGAUAUUGAAAAUGGUUCCGUACCAAGGGAAUCCGAACCAAGAGAAGCAACAAUGGACCUGACAGAGCAAGCUGUCCCGAGCCAGCCUGGACAACAACCCUCCAAGAAUCCAGGUCCCUCUGAUGACGAUGGUAUUGAUGAGCCCAGCGCAGAUUCAGCUGGAGAGGCAGCAGAAAAUCCACAGAGACUUGCGACAGUGGCGCCAGUCACGCCGGAACCAACAGAGUGUGGGCAUGCGCAAAUGCCCAAGCCAAGACGCAGCAGCCGAACUCUUCAAGCUAAUUCGACAUCCCAUGACAUUGAGUCCCCAGUACUUGGGACCGAGCCACACGGUCCUGCAUCGCCUCGAACGAACGCACAGGUGCUGGUUAUGCCUGUAAACCAACGAGCGAAGCAGAAUCAUGUUGUCGUCGCAAAAGACCAUGAGCCGUACCCAGACGCUUCGUUGCUACUCACAUUCGAUCCAAGGCGCUUCUCUCCAUUGACGAAACUUGUUUCGAGCAAAUAUCUUGUGCGCAUAGCCGACUUGCUGAGUAGUCCAGAGUGGAUUAACGGCAUGGAGACUUGGAACAACAGACUCACUGAAGACCCUCUGUCAGUCGCGAUGCAUUACGAGAGCGACACUUGCAGUCGUUUGGGAAGACAGAUGCUACUCCUGGCCAAAAUUUGCAAGGAGGUACCGCGCAGACCAGGUACGCGCGAACAGUUCAGGUACUUCGGCGACACCGACAGCAAUGACAAAAGUCUGGCGCCCAAUUAUAUGGAGGGCGUCGUCAUCCAUGUCGAAGAAGUCCCGACGAAAAGGCUCGGAGCAGGCAGUAACACGCCAGCUAAAUCGCGGCGUCAAGUAACCGUGGACAUACCCCGCAACAUUAUUCCUCUCGCAAUCUCCAUGGUAGAGCUCGUGUUCAUCGCGGGAGCGUCGGCAGCUGGAGUGGGGCGGUUGGACGCAAUACCGGAACAUGCCGAGCACACCAGUCAGACAUUGCAAUUAUUGCGGCGUGUGCUUGUCUGGGUUGAGAGACUCGAGAGGGUCGCGGCCGAGGAGUUUGCCAGUGCUUCGAAUAAACAACAGGACAUGGGAACGGAUGCAUCGCCUCUUAUGCUUGAUCGACAUGGUCUGGACGUCAUGAUUCAGAAGCUCCAAAAGGCAGUAGGACACAGUUAUACGGCUCUGAACAAGCAGAUCGACAAGGUCAACCGGCUUACUACAAGGCAAGAAAAUCACUUGGACAGGCUCGCCGAAGAGAACCUUCAGAAUACUCAGCGGGGAGAGUCGACGCAAGCCAAGCGAAAGCGCAACGAUGAUGAGAAGCAAGCGGCGAGGGAAGAGGCCAAGCGGCGAUGCAUAGAAUCAGUAACAAGGUUCACCGAAGGCCCGGCACGCGACACGAGACGGCCGGCACACCGAUCAGUGGCCAACCUCCCGGCAGAAGGAGGCGGCAGCAGUGAACACUACCACCCUCUCGAGGUGCCGCAAAGCGUACCGACCCCUCCGUGCACUUCAGGCACUUCGGGCAGAGCAUACCCGGAUGAGGUGUUCAAGCGAGUCUUGCGGGCGCUCAAGUACUCACAGAAGCCUGACGUCGAGACUAUUGCGGAAUCCAUGAAAUACCACGUUGAAGACGUGUGGGACGUCAUCGCGCUGCUAAAGACGGCGGCGGAAGCUCAGCAGCGGGCGGGCGGCAGGAGGAUGCCUGACGGGCUGCGGCGUUCGUUUGAGUAUUUGUAUCGGCGAUGA